AUGCGUGAACACGCACACAGCGCGAGGCGCGCAUGCGCAGCAGAGCGCCGGAAGUCCCGUCCCGGGGCUCCUCGCCGAGCCCAGGACUACCCCAAGAAACGGGCAGCCUGGUUGCGUCCUGGUCCCAAGUCUCCUAAUUUGAGACCCUUCGAGUCUAGGUUUUGUGAAAGGAGGAAAAAGUUUGGGAGAACCAUGGCUGAUCAACAGCCAUCUUCACAGUCUGAGAGUCCCCAGCCUAGCAGCUCAGGAUACAACCUAGAGGGGGUGGUGGAUGAGGAAGUUCCCGGUCCAUCAGCCCCGUGGGAGGAGCGUAACCUCCGGCCUCAGCCUCCCUGCCGGAAGAGGAACAGGGACUGGUCAUCAGAUUCCGAGGAGGAGCUAGAGGAGGAGCUGUUUGAGAAGCCAGCCCCCCAGGAGGAGGAGGUCUGGGAGGUGGAGAUGCUGUCUGGGCUGAGGAUGAAGUUCAAGAGGCGACGCGUGUCGUCUGUGCUCCCUGAGCACCACGAGGUGUUCGCCAGGCUGCUCGAGGAUCCUGUAGUGAAAAGGUUCCUGGCCUGGGACAAGAAUCUGAGGGUGUCCGACAAGUACCUCCUGGCUAUGGUGGUAGCUUACUUCAGCCGUGCUGGCCUCUUCUCCUGGCAGUUCCAGCGAAUUCACUUCUUCCUGGCUCUAUAUCUGGCCAAUGACAUGGAAGAGGACAACCAGGCUCCUAAGCAAGACAUAUUUUACUUUCUUUACGGAAAGAACUACUUCCAGCACCCUCUGUUCCACAAGUUACGGUACCAGAUGAUGCGAUCCAUGGGCUGGAGGAUGCGGGUGUGAGAGGAGUGUGAAGAGAUCCAGGCCUAUAACCCGGACCUCUGGGUGUGGGGGCGAGACCGCACCCACCUGCCUUAGAGCUCUGUUCCAUCAUCGGCUUCAGUAAAGAUCGCUGUGCCCAGGGAGAUGGGAAUGUUCAUCAGGAAGUCUAAACCAACACUGAAGCCAGCUGGAGCAAGGAAGAGCGAGGAGUUUCCCAAACCUAGAAGAACCCAGAUUCUUCCAGAACAAGCCUAAUAAAACUACCCCACUCCUCGGUGUUGGGGGCACACCUGGGAGUCCAUGAAGGAAUGAAGGGAAAUCAGGCCUUGCUGGGUCCCUUCUUUCCUGAGGCACCUGUAGUCUCACCAAAAUUCACGUUGCGGUCAUUUGCUCACGUAUAUUUGGUUUGCCAGAUUUGAUGACUUUUUAAUAUGUAAACUUAGACACGUGGGAUCAUAAUAGAGUUAGUGUAAAUAUAGUUAAUAUAAAUUAUAAGUUAUAUUGAAUUAUUUUGAAUAAGUUGGUCAUAAAAUGUUUACUAUAUUUAUUUGCAAUGUUUUGAGAUGGUUGUAGAUUUGAAAACAUGCUGUUCUUUAUAUUUUCAUUAUUCAGAUUAUAACUUACACAUUCAUAAAUGUUUUUACUCUUACAAUAAGUUCUUUUUAUCCAUUCUACUUAUAUAUUAUAGCUAUGUAAGAAUACUCAAAUUGUUGGGAAUAUACAUUUUUAUUUGAUGUUUUAGCCUUUGUUGUUGAACUGUGAACAUCGACUUGCACUGACAGGUUGGUUUGCCAUUUUAUAAAGGGUAUGUGUUUUGUAAGAGCGCCCAUGUUUUGUGUGUUCAAAGAGGACAGGGCCACUCUUCCCUUGGGGAAAUACAAUAAAGAUGAAAUGUCCUUUAAUCUUCACGAAGCGUGUGUGGUUUUUUCCUUUGUCAAAUAUUACUGUUGUGUGCAUCAGUUAUGCAUGUUUGACCAAGGUCUUAGCUCUGAAAAAGAAUCCUGGAUGAUUUUUCAUGUGUGAAAAAUAGAAGACGCCGCAGAUCCUAAGCUGGAAUUGGAUGCCAGACACGAGGGGAAGCUGUUGAGGGGAACAUCAGGAAGAGUAGAAAGAAUGCGGAAACUUCCAUGGGUGCCUGGAAAAGAAUCCCAACUCAGAUAUAAAGGAACGGUGGACCCCAGAGAGGCCU